GUCGCUCUCCAUCUCUCUCUCCCGGUCCCCCCCCGCCCCAGGCGCCCGCGGCGACCUAGGCCGCGGCCAGAUGUGGGGCGGGAGGACCGGCGCCUUGCUCCGGGUGUGCGGGCUGUGGCCGGCAGGGGCCCUCGGAAGGAGACCGCUGAGCUGCGAUGCUGCGUCUCUGGCGGGGAGCGGUUCCUCCCAGUGUUGGAACUGCGGCGGCCCCGGGGGCCCCACGCGGGGGGACGGGUUCUUCUGCCCACAGUGCCGCGCGCUGCAGCCGCCUGACCCCACUCGAGAUUACUUCAGCCUCAUGGACUGUAACCGUGCCUUCAGAGUUGACACAGCAAAGCUCCAGACUCGGUACCAGCAACUACAGCGUCUUGUCCACCCUGAUUUCUUCAGCCAGAGAUCCCAGACUGAAAAGGACUUCUCAGAGAAGCAUUCAACCUUGGUGAAUGAUGCCUAUAAGACCCUUCUGGCUCCUCUGAGCAGGGGACUAUAUCUUCUAAAGCUCCAUGGAGUAGAGAUUCCUGAAGGGACAGAUUAUAAAAUGGACAGGCAGUUCCUCAUGGAAAUAAUGGAAAUCAAUGAAAAACUUGCAGAAGCUCAAAGUGAAGCUGCCAUGAAAGAGAUUGAAUCUAUUGUCAGAGCUAAACAGAAAGAAAUGACUGACUAUGUGAGCAGAGCUUUUGAACAAGAUGAUUUGGAAAAAGCCAAGGAAAUGUUAACAAAGAUGAGAUACUUUUCAAAUGUAGAAGAAAAAAUCAAGUUAAAGAAGAUUUCCCUCUAAUGAUUACUAGUUUAAAAGUUUCAAAAAUAAA